CCGGGUUCAUUUUCUGCAGUCGGGAGGUACAGACAUGGCUCAAGGGAAGCAGAAGUUUCAGGCCCGGAGGCCGGCCAAGAAGGCAUCGGCGGCCACCGCUUCUUCGGCCUGCCGGGGCCCGAAGAAAGGCGGGCGAAUCAUAGCCCCCAAAAAGGCCCGGGUCAUCCAGCAGCGGAAACUAAAGAAGGACCUGGAGGUUGGUAUCCGAAAGAAGAUUGAACAUGAGGUCAUGAUGAAAGCCAGCACCAGCUUGCCCAAGAAACUGGCCCUGCUGAAGGCCCCAGAGAAGGAGGCCAAGAAAAAGGAAAGUGGUGGCAAGAAUUAGCCCUGACAGGAGAGAAGAGAAGAAAGGGGAAGUCCUUCAUUCCAGACUUUGCUUGACUGCCUGUGGCCUUGAAAUCUCUGAUGUCCCAGUAUGUUUGUGGAUACAUCUGUUUUGAGAGCUUUAUUAGGGGAGAAGAAAUAGGCUUCUCUUCAGUCAGGGAUAGCCCUGUUAUCUGUCCUCUUUUUCACCACAACUUCUCAGGCCUCAGUUUGACCAAAACAGCAUCUUCUGAAGGCUGCAGCUUCUCACAUCCCUGAAGAAUAUAGUAGGAAAGAGUAGGGGCCCUCUCAGGAGGAGAGAACACCUUCCUGGCUGUCAGGAGGCCGCUGAUGUCUGCAGCAGCCCCAGGAGUCACUUCAGCCCACUUUUAUCUUCUCAUUUCUCCUUCCUUGUACCCUCCUUGAACCCCACAUUCUCUGUCUAACUUAAAAGCAAUAAAAAAGGAAACAGCUGCUCCAUA